AGCCAUGUUGGCUCCAGUACUCGUCUGGCCCAGGCCCGCGGGCAGUGCCGUGCUCAGCCCCCAUGGGCCAGGCUGUCCGAGUGCAUGACUCGCCGUGGCCCGGCAGGGCGCCCACGGUGGCGCCGAGCCCCAGCAGCAGCAGCAGCAGCAAGGCGAGGCACCCACCCGGGGAGGUGCUGAUCAUGGCAAGGUUGGCGCGCGCGGACCUCAAGAGGUACUUGCGCUGGAGAGGCCUGGUGUUCUAUAGCGCCUUCUUCAUGUUCUACAUGUGGCUCGCCAACUGGUUCAUCGACUGGGAGUUCGCGGGCCGGACGUUCGACUUCUUCGAGAACGGGCAGGUGCUCGAGGGCAGCGCUGAUGGCGAUGGGUUUUUGGAGCUGUCCACUGUCUCCGAGAUUGCGCUGUUCAUGUCCAACCUCAGCCGCCAGAUAGAGGCGGUCCAUCGCGUGUGUCCAAGGUGCCAGGUGGGAGCUACGGAGAACUCGCUUGACAUCCGCAGGCUUUCGCUCCGGGAUUUCUUCUGCUCCGAUUUCAUGAUCGGGGAGGGGAGCAACAGCAAUUCGGGCCGCAAUUGCGAUGUCAUCGACGCGGCUUGGGCGGAGCGUCCCAACGUCACUACUGCGCCCUGCUGCACGAAUGCGACCCUGAUCCACGCCUCCUUCGUGCUGAUGGCCAUCGCGUCGAGGUUCCCCGACGCGGAGGAAUGGCAGGAGGGCGGCAAUGCCUCCCUCGAGUCCCUGUCCCUCAGGUACGACGACAGUAUAAUGGAAAACGUCGUCGACUAUAUUUCGCGUGCGCUACGUGGGUCCCAGAAUAUAGUGCAGGUGAUCAUCUCCCGCAACCUCCGCAUGACGGGCAUCUGCUACCGUGCGUGGCACCAGGACCAGGACUGGGAGCCAGGCUACGCGCAUACCUCGAAGGCGUUUUGGUCGAUGCGUUUCGACAUCGAGUCAGAGAUGUUGGGCCUCAUGCUAGCGAGCUGGUCUUUUUUUGUGCUUACCACGACGAAUAAUGUGUUAGAGGUUGUUUGCCUCUGCACUUCCUGGGAUUCCUGGUUCAGGAUUUUACAGAAGCCAUCCUACUACAUAAUGCUGUGCAUUGCGCUCUUCCCAUUGGUUGUCAUAUCUCUGCCAAUGACAGUGGAACCAAGACUGUGGAGAUUCCUCAUGUGUGUGAGCCAACUCAUGGCGCUGGUCAGAUUGUUUUAUGAAGCACAGCUCUUGCCCUUCUUCAAGAAGCUGACUGAAACAUUGUUCUCUGCCUCAAAGCGGCUGUUGAGCUUUAGUUUAGGCAUGUGUCUGGCCAUGUUGAUUAUUGCGUCGUUGUACGGCCAGCAAUUCGGGGUCUUUGAGAAAAAGUCAUUGGUGGCCCUGUUCCUGUUUGUGUUGGAUCAGUUUGCAAACGGUGCGUCCUUGAGUGACGAGGCGUUGAAGUACAAUCCCGAAGCCAGCAUCCUGCUCUACAUUAUCACCUUGUUUGUUCUCUUCCUCACGCUGUCCCAAAUCUUCAUAGCGGUCUUGACAGCUGCCCUCGAUGAUGCAAACGCUGACGAAAGAAAACGCAGGUACCUGAUGUCCGUGCCUGAAGGCUACGAGGUGCUUUCUACAGUCAAGGCUGCCGCUGCCGCGAAAGCCCUGGGGCAAAGGCCAGCGAAGAGAAGCUGGGCGCAGAACGCCACCGCGCACGCUAUAUCGUUGAUGACCCUGACUUACUGGUGUCCCCGCUACGCUUGUUUUGUGCCGGCCCUUCUCCGUGGAUUGCAGAUGGCCAUCGAGAAGGAGGAGCAGGCCGCCCCGAGCAUCGUGGGGCAGCCACUGCUCCUCAGCAGGGCGCAGCUGGUGGCCGCCUUCGAGACCUUCGCGCAGGUGGACGCCAUGGCGAGCUCGGUCGACCGGCUGCGGCUGCGGUACGCGGCCACGGCCAGCGUCGGCGCCGGCGGCGCCAGCGCGGGCGGGGAUCCCACGUGCGAGAGCAAGGGGCAAGAGGAGGAGCUGCUAAAGGCCGUCUCGCCGCAGCCCGCCAGCGACGCCGCCGACCUGCGGCUACGGCUGUUCAGCGACCUGCUGCGGGCGGGGCUGCCGCUGCCCUUCUCGGAGCUGCAGCGAGCAUCCCUGGGCACCCUGGAGCACCUGCGGGACAGUGUCGCCAGGCACGAGGCGCGUUGCUCCGCGAAGCAGGCGGAGUCGCCCUUCGACCUGCAGGUCAGCGCCGCGCAGAGACCGGGGCCGCCCGCGCUCUCGGGCGGCCCCGCGGCGGCCCGCGCCGAACACCGGCGCAGGGGCGGCGGCCUGGGGCGGGCCGCGGCGGAGGAGGAGCCCGGCUGCACGCGCGAGCGUCUCAACUGACGGUGUGGCGUCCAGCGGCCCGCGUCGGCCGAACGCGGCUGGCGGCGGCCUCCCCCAGGCUCCGCGCGCGCGCCUCGCGCGGAAAAAGAAGAAGGAUGGACUCGCGGCGAAAGCUGUCCCUCUUCUGGGGCUGCGCAUCGACAGAACAUACCGUCGGAG